GUAAUGGAAUUCAGAUUUCAAGUGAUGGGAGGCCAGCAACCUAAGCGCUCACUACCAUUUGACCCCUCUGUCUGUCCUUCUAAAGUCAUUUGUGCCAAGGAACGGCUGGCCUCUUCUACAAAGUUAUUUCGUGCCGUCAAUGGCAUAUAUCAAGUUGGAGUCAGCCUUUUGGGGAGCCGGCAGAGGUUGUCCUUGUGUGGGUUCCGCGAGUUCGGAGCCGAGUUUGCGGAGGCCGUGGGAAUUCGUGAGAGUUGCGUCCGACUUUUCGGUGGCCCGCCCAUCAGACUCUUUGCCUUCGUCAAUACGGCAUCGGGUGCUUGUAUUUCUUGGAAUGGAAAUAUCGUAACGGAUAGCCUUGUUAGGUCCAUAAAGGAAAGCUCCGUCGGCAAAACGUCAUAGUGACGAUCAAACUCGUGCUACAAACACUUCUCACUGGGUUCAACGAUGUCGGUCAAGUCUCGUUACUUUGAAAAUCCCUAUGCACGUACAGAUACACCGCUCCCCAAGGUUCACUUAGACACACACUCUGGACUCACGAAAUGUCUGGAGCGACUCAUCAGGAAGUAUCCGCCUUCGAAGGUUUCUCCCUUCGGGGGCUUAUACUACGGCGCGGCGUCCGUUUCCUACCUCUUCCAUUCCCUUUCAUUCCACUAUCCAGACCUAAUAAUCGCCGAAAAAGACCUUGAAUACUGGCAAAAAGCAUACCUCCACCUCCUCCAGAAAUACACACAAGAGUUUCAUAACCCGCGCCCAUCUCACUGUGGAGUAGGAGACGACAAGCUCACACUUUUGGCUCUUGAGGCUGCGACAACAACGAAUGAAAAUUCCCUGAAGGAUCUCUGCAACUGGGCUCGUACGAUUAUAGAAGAUGAGAAGCACAAUUCAAAACAAGCCAGCAAUGAGUGGCUUUACGGUCGAGCGGGAUACCUUUACCUCCUCCGCUUGGCCGCCUCCGGGUUCAAGGAAAAUGCUUCCAUCACCGAUCUGGUCAAUCAGGCAGCUUCGGUCGUAAUCGAGACCAUACUGGCUGCUCCAAGACCUUGGACGUGGCAUGGAAGCUCGUAUAUCGGUGGCGUCCAUGGGACCAUCGGAAUCAUCGUUCAGAUCGUCCUUACCAAUCCAUCUUACGCCGAUCGCGUGCGCGAUGACCUGAAACAAGUCCUAGACUUACAAAACAGCCUCAACGGAAAUUGGCCGUCAUCCCUAGAAAGCGAAAACAAUGAUCGACUUGUUCAAUUCUGUCAUGGGGCAACGGGAGUCGUACAUUCGCUUAUCCGACUGCGACCUUACUUCCCAGACCUUCAAGAGCGGAUUGACGCCGCUAUCGAAACAGGAAGGCAGUGCAUUUGGGAGAGGGGCAUUCUCACCAAGGAACCGUGCCUUUGUCAUGGCACUACAGGAAGCGCGCUUACGUUAGACCAGCCGAGGCGCCAAGUGAUGGUGAGCUAUACUACCGAGGAUCGUAUCAAGCGCAAGAUCACCCAGAAGGUCAUGGAGCCUGCACAAGAUGGUGAAGGACUGUGGACCGGAAUUGCUGGGAGAGCAUGGGCAUGGGCCGUUGUUGAUAAGGGGCUUGCAUCGACCUUCCUAGGGUAUGAUGAUGUAUAAAAUGGUUAGAGACACCGUAUCCGGAGAUUGCUCGCAGUCACUUCUUGGCGCAUCUCAAUGAAAUGAUUAUGUUGAUAAAUACAAUGCGUAGGCGGUGUAAUGUACUUCA